CAGCCCCAGUCACAGCCAAAGCCCCAGUCCCAGCUGCAGCCCCAGUCAGAGCUCCCCCAGUCACAGCCACAGCCCCAGUCCCAGUCAGUGCCCGAGCCCCAGCCACAGCCCCAGUCCCAGCCACAG